CUUCGAUCCGGGGUGGCGCCGCCGUGGUGGUCGUCGCCGCCGGAGGGUGCCCCCCUGCCGCCGGGCCUUGCGGUGCGCCCAUGCUGCUGCUGCGGAAGCUGCCGGGCAUGCCGGGCUGGCCGCCGUCGUCGGCGCUGGGUCUGCGGCUGCCGCAGAAGUUCCUCUUCCUGCUCUUCCUCUCGGGCCUGCUCACGCUCUGCUUCGGGGCCCUCUUCUUGCUGCCCGACUCUUCCCGCUUCAAGCGCCUCUUCUUGCCCCGCCGAGGAGUCACCGGCGACCCCGACGUGCCCCGCAGCCCGCCGCCCACUCCGGGGGCCGACGCCGGCCGACGCCAUGCCGCCCCCAGCCCGCCCAACGCCGCCGCCGCCGCCCCGCUGCCGCCGCGUCGCCUCAGGGACCCCAAACUCCCACCCGUGGCGAUAGCAGCCGGCGCCACUUCCCCCAAACGGGACCGCCACAGUCCCCGCCAGCCGCCGCCGCCGCCGCCGCAGCAACAGGGGCCGCCCGGCGCGGGAACGGGCGCCGACACCGCGGCCCCCCAGAGGCAGACUCGAGCCCCGUUCCGCUUCGACUAUGAGGGGUUCCGUCACAACCUCCGACACCCGGUGCUGGGCAGGAGGAAAGGUGGGACCGAGGACCCCGAGAACCGAGCCCGACGGCUGAAGAUCAAGGAGAUGAUGAAGUUUGCUUGGGAUAACUACAAGCAAUAUGCCUUGGGGAAAAAUGAACUGAGACCGCUCACUAAGAAUGGACACAUUGGAAACAUGUUUGGAGGACUCCGGGGAGCAACAGUGGUGGAUGCCUUAGAUACUUUGUAUGUCAUGGAGCUGCAGGAAGAAUUCCAAGAAGCCAAAGAUUGGGUGGAGAAGAGCUUUGACUUGAAUGUGAAUGGUGAAGCUUCCUUGUUCGAAGUGAACAUCCGCUACGUCGGAGGGCUUCUGGCUGCUUUUUAUCUAACCGGCGAAGAGGUCUUCAAGAGCAAAGUCCUAGAGCUCGGAGAGAAGCUUCUGCCAGCCUUUAAUACUCCGACGGGUAUUCCACGGGGAGUCAUAAACCUGGGCAGUGGGAUGAGCUGGAGCUGGGGAUGGGCGUCUGCAGGAAGCAGCAUUUUAGCCGAAUUUGGCAGCCUCCACUUAGAAUUUCUGCACCUCACAGAGCUGUCUGGGAAUUCAGUAUAUACCGAAAAGGUGAUGAACAUCCGCAAAGUCCUGAACAGAAUUGAGAAACCGCAGGGACUUUAUCCUAACUUUCUCAGUCCGGUAACUGGGAACUGGGUGCAGCAUCACGUUUCCAUUGGUGGCCUUGGGGAUAGUUUCUAUGAAUACUUGGUCAAAUCCUGGGUGAUGUCAGGCAAGAGGGAUACCGAAGCCAAAAACAUGUAUGACAAGGCGCUGGAGGCCAUAGAAAAACACCUUGUGAAAAAAUCCGCCAGCGGUCUGACUUACAUUGCAGAGUGGCGAGGAGGCAUCUUGGACCACAAGAUGGGCCACCUGGCUUGCUUCUCUGGCGGCAUGAUAGCCCUCGGAGCGGAGCACGCCGCCGAAGAAGAGCAGAAGCAGCACUUUAUGGAUCUGGCUGGAGAAAUCACGCGCACCUGUCACGAGUCUUACGCCCGCUCAGAUACCAAGCUGGGCCCAGAAGCGUUUCGCUUUGAUUCUGGCACCGAAGCGGUAGCCACCCGACUCAGUGAUCGUUAUUACAUUCUGCGCCCCGAGGUGGUCGAAAGCUACCUGUACAUGUGGAGGUUGACGCACGACCCCAAGUACCGACAGUGGGGCUGGGAAGCUGUACAGGCACUCGAGAAAUACUGCCGGGUGGAAGGGGGUUACUCCGGGAUCCGGGACGUUUAUACCACCAACCCAAGUCACGACAACAUGCAGCAGAGUUUUUUCCUGGCAGAGACAUUAAAGUACCUCUAUCUUCUGUUCUGUGAAGAUGACGUGCUGUCUCUCGAGGACUGGGUGUUCAACACCGAAGCGCACCCUUUGCCGGUGAACCACACGGACUCUUUCCUAAAGACGACCCUGCAAUAGGGGUGCCCACGCCCUCCCAGUUUCCGCUGUGGGGUGUGGAGGGUUCCUUGCUUUCUCUCUCUCUCUCUCUCUCUCUCUCUCUCCUUUCCAAUAAAGGAAUGUGUAUGUUCCCAGAAAGGAAUUUUGGGGGCAUUCGUCCAAUUCCGGACAGUAUUAUAUCGGGGAGUAUAAAAACUGUGAAAUAAGCACCUUCGUGGGUUUUUUUCCUCCAUGAGGAAACUUUACAAGCCUGGUAAUGAGAUGUUGAUUAUGGGCCAUAAUACACACAAAAUCAUGGACAUUCCUUUCUACGGAGAAUUUCUAUGGAACCCAUUGACUUAGUUUUCAGGUGGCCAAAGGAUCAGGAGUUUGCCAUAAAACUGACGUGGGUUUGUGCCACUUCUUGUCUCUCGCCUCCCAUCCUGCCUUCUCCUUUUUAUAUGCAGUUGAUUUUUAUCACCUUUCUAAUUUCCACUUUUUUCAAAAUAACAUGCAUCCUAAAUGGUCUCGAUGCCAUAACUGAUCAGAAAAUGUCUGCAAAAUUCUGAAUUCCAACAUUGUUUACCUCUCUCUCCCUCUCUCUCUCGUUUUCCCCCUAUGCUCUUAAAAUGUUUACUGAAUGUCGCAUCACGUGAAUUUUUACUUUAUUUUAUUUUUCGCUUUCUAAUGUUCAGAGUUUUCCUGCUUUUUUCCCCCUUUUGUUUUUGUUUCCUUUGCUUUUGUUUUCCUUUUCCUUUGGAGCUAAAUAUUACAAGGCACUUGUAAUGGUUUCAUUUCUGUGACACUCAGAGAUGUGAAAAUAGAAUAAAAAUUCCUGUCAGAUCAGAA